GGUGCAUCAAACUUUGGGUUAAUUACUGACGUUAGACCUGUCAAUUCUGCGGACCUACAGACGCGUUACACCGCUACAGAGUUUCUCACAGACUUUACAGAGGAGGAAUAUUCUGACUUUAAUCCUUUAAAAAACAAGUGUUUGAGACAAUGAGAGGAGAUACGACCACGGAGAAAGAAGAGGGGGCAGACACCGGAGAAGAUGCAUCAGCAGCAGCAGAUAAUGCAUCAGGGGAAAGACGACCUAGUGUCGUGAAGCUACAACAAAUGCUAAAGAAAGUCUCCAACAGCCCUUUCCAGAAUCAGUACAAAACUCUUAUUUCAUCAUCCUCUGACUCCCCUGCGUCAUCUGUGAACGAGUCCGUCAACAAACAGGAUGGUGCAUUCCUGAGUGAUCUUUCAGCAACUGCUGCAGACAUGACGAAUGAUCAAAAGCUGCACCUUGCACAGAAUGGAGUAAAAGGAGGUUCGGCCAGAGACAGCCCCUUCUAUACAUAUUAUUUGGAAUCAGGCACCAAAGGUCAUUUGAAGGAGGACACAGGGAGAACUUCAGAAGAACUCAACUUUAAUGCCAUGUUAGUCCUUCCACCUGAAUUCCAGAGUUCCCCUCUGGAGAACCAAACUCAAAGUAAAACCGUGGAGAAUGGAGCCCAAUCUUUGGAACUUCAAAAGGCCCAACCUGCAUCAACCAACGGCCAUUUUCAUGAUUUCACACUGAACUCACCAGACUUAUUCAAACCAGCAUCUGCUCAAACUGGAUCCGCCUUGCAGUCAAAAAGCUCUGACUGGUUUAAAAAUGAAGGGGAAAACCUUCAGGCUGCUAAAGGAUAUGCCGUAAUCCAAUCGACCCAGCCCACGAUGGGAAACCAGCAAGUUGAUUUGUUUCAACCAGCUCCAACCAACACUGGGGAACCCCAGGGGAACAAUUUGAAAAGGUCCUACAUGAAAGAUAGGCAUGGGUUUUUACCUUUAUCCGCAUUUGAAGUUGACCCAUUUCCAAGCCCGAUUACGAAUAAUUUAUUCCAAGACACGUCCGGUUUCGAUGACCCUUUUGGCACAACUCCCUCAAAACAAUAUGACCCUUUCCAAGACGUAUCUAAUAGUACUCCAGACAUCUUCAAACCACUUCCCUCAAAGACGAACAGUAGGGAUGGUUUGAUGGAACCACAGAUGGAGAUGCUGUCAUCACCAGAUCUCUUCAAGGCCUCGCCAUCGAAUCCAGCCAUGGAUUCCAGCUCUUCUGACAGGCCACAGGACAUCGUCUUGAUCACUCCUGGGGGAACUAAGCACGAUAUUCUUCAGCCGUCUCCCUUCAGUCGGGCCAGGAAUCUAUCCAUGACACCCAGCCAAUCACAAGCUAACAUGGCUCAUGUGCAGACGUUCAAACGUCCACCAAAACCGCUUCCUCGAAGCCGAACACACAAGGGCGAAAAGCCACCCAGGCCAGAAAAGCCGCCAAUACCAGAAAAGCCACCUACACCAACGAAGCCACCCACACCAACAAAUCUUACUGAGCCUGAACCACCUGUGCCAAAAUCGUCUCCGAAACUGUCCUUCAGAGGACUCCCAAAACCUGUUAUUCAGCGCAAACCAAAAACUCUGGAAAGUAAACCGAUAGAACCUGACAACUUCUUUGAGGACGUCCUGCUUAUUGGACAGGAAAAGUGUGUUGAAGACUGGCCUGAAGACAGCCCUGAGCUCGCCCCUGACUUUAAGCCAUCUGGAACACUGAGACUACGGCGAGAAUCAUAUAAAAUGAAGGGGGAAUCUGAUGGAGGAAGUGGCGACGAUCAGAACGGAACAAGCUUUCAGGAGAAGAAAAAAAACAUAAAACACAGAAUGUCACUGCUGUCCAGGAGAGGGUCAAAGGAAAAGUAUUCUGAUGACACUAAAGAAGGCAAGAGCAGGACACUACCCAGUUCACGGAAAUCAUCUAAGGAUUACUUUUCAGAGUACAACAUGUCAGAAGGAGAGAACGACGAAGAGGAACAGAAUUGGGUGGACUACAAAAAGAAACAGAUGAAGACCAAAGUCAAUCAUCUGCUUAGACGUGCAUCUACUAAUUCCUCUGUGCCUAACGUAAAGCAGAUGAAUGGAUUUGUACCCCAGGAAUCAAAGCAGGAUGAAAAGAAAGGUGUCAGCAAGAAAAACUCCAUCAUACGCAGAUGGUCAGAGGGGACGGCUUUGAAUGGCAGCACUGGUGAGGAAGAGGAGGGCGGAGGGGAAGCCCAGCAUGAAGAGAAGAAGAAAAAGAAGAUGAAGAUCAAGUUCGUGCCUCACAGAGGAUAUGCUAUCACCGUCGGAAAGGGUGACGAACUGAAGGGAGCGCAUGGACACACAUCUCGCAAAAGCUCAAAGGACAAAUCACAAGAUGAGGUUCUGGGUGCGUACGGAUACACACCUCGUAAAAAGUCCCAGGGUGAUGCUUUUGAGGAUGUAGAGGACCUGAAAAGCCAAAGUCUCCAAUCGACUUGCAAGGCUGAUUACAUGGAAGAUGAAGAAUUACAGAGAGCGCUCCAAUUGUCUGCAGAGCUCAGUGGAGAUGUAGACCCAUACGGAAUGGAAGACACCAAACCUCAGAAGAAAUCAAUGAAGAUGAAACUUCUGCAUGUGGGCCGUCGGAGCUCCAAAGAGGACAUGCUUAAUGAAGACACUCCUCAGAAAAUGAAGAGCAGCUGCUCAGCAGAAGAGUUGGACGAUGAAGAGCUGAACUGGAUGGAGAAACCGAAAAAGUCCAAACAGAAGGCCCCGAAACCCGCCCCACGCAAAUCAAAGGCCACAAACGGACAGAUUGAACUGACUGGAUUCAGUCAGCACCUGCCUCAACAAGAAGCUGAAGAUGUCUUUCCUGACAAUGACUUUAAUCAAGCAGGACAUGAAUUCCUUAGUCCUGAAGACAUGUACCCCAGCGACGAAGACGAACCAGACACCAGCAAACCGAAGAAGUCAUCCAAAUUUAAAGGCUUCAAGAAAAACAAAACGAAGAGCAAAGCUACGAAUCAGGAGUAUGAGGAUCCACCAGGAGCUACUUCUGGGGACUACCUAUCAGAGGCAGCUAAGGCGGAGUGGCUGGCUGCUCAGAUGGACGAGCAGGCUGCAGCAGAUCUGGAGGAUGAGGACGAGGAAGGGGACACCGACAGUUUGAUGGAGUGGUGGAACACUGUGGAGCAAUGGGAUGAGGUGCCAUCAGAUGAAGAGGACCAAAUCUUAAUGGAGGACGAGUCCAAGUCAUUCAGCAUCUUGGCAGAAAAAGUUAACCGCGGCCUGCGAGUCUACAACAAAGUCUUCACAGAGCGAGCCGAGGUCCUCUGGCAGUCCAUCAUCAGGCUGCACGCCAUCGCCGACGACAUCAGCGCUUUCCAUCACAAGGCAAAGAUCGCGGGGAUCACCGGCGGCACCACGACGGCUGUGGGCGGUGUAGCAGCCAUCGCCGGUUUGGCUCUGGCACCUGUAACUUUGGGGGCCUCUCUUCUGAUAACUGCUGUCGGCGUUGGAGUGGCGACAGCUGGGGGAAUCGCUUCGGCUUCGGCUGCUAUCUCGGAUAACGUCAACAACAUGCACGACCGCAAGAAAGUGGAGACAGUGCUGGAGGAGUACGAGACUCACCUGCAAGACAUCGGAAGGAUCCUCCACUUCGUCAACCAGGCCGUGUACAAACUCCGCGGCCAUCCUUUCCUCAGGUCGGGCACCCAGCACUACUCAAAGGACUGGGAGAUCCGCAAAGCCGUCCAGGUAAUAAGCCUAGUGGACUCGCCCAUCAUGCGAGCGACGGAGAUCACAGACGCGGCUAUCAAUGCGGUCCAGGGACUCUUUGGAGGCAUGGACAAUUACUUCGUCAAGGACUCCAGAGAGCUGAAGAAGGGAUGCAAGAAGGAGGUGGUGUCUCAGAUCAAGGAGGUGGCGAAUGUGCUUAAUGAUGGGAUAGUGGAGCUGAAUGCAAUCAGAGAGGAGCUGCAGGAUGCUACUGGGAAUUUAUGAGAAGCAUCCUGCGUGGUGACACUUUAAACAAUCACAGAUCAAUAACCCCCUCUACUGGCGGUAUGAGGGAAGUGUACUUCAACUCAACUUCUUGCUCACUGUUGUUGGAUAUGUACUAUUUUGUAAGAUGUUUACCAAACACAGGUUACUGGGCAAUACAACACAUUAAUGGACACUUAGUUUUGCACCAUAGGGACUAUUUUCUGGGUAAGGGUUUAACAAUGUAGGCUUGUCUUCACAGGUGGCUUAGUUUGAACUUUGAACCCACUGACACUUUAAUAGAAACACCUUACAAUAUAAUGCAAUCAAAUUGGGCAUUACUGCAAUUUUAUUAUCAAGUUGUUUCACAUUUUUUUGCACUUUAUUGCAAAAAACAAGUAUAUAAAAUCACUAUAUCUGUUGUAAGUAUAUUCAAACAAUGUUAUACAGCACUAUUUAAGAAUUUAAGACUUAACUGGAGAGGUGGAAACUCAAAGUGAACAAAGUAUGUGUCAAAAUAUUUAGUUUGGCCUCAGGACCACUUUUGUAAAUAGUCACUUCUGCUCACAUGACCUUAUAAGCAUAUCCUGUUUUAAGUGAUUUCUCCCCAGAGACUACACUGCAAAUGAGGAUGUUCACAAAAUUCAUUCAUACAAAUAAAAAAAUGCUUUAUGAAAAGAAAA